CGCGCUCUCGCCUCCGUCGCCGGCCGGAGCGGGAGCUGGAGCGGAGCCGGGGCCGGAGCGGCGGAAUGGAGCCCCUGCGCGCGCCCGCGCUGCGCCGCCUGCUGCCGCCGCUGCUGCUCCUCCUGCUGCCGCUGCCCCCCCGCGCCCGGGCCAAGUACGUGCGGGGCAACCUCAGCUCCAAGGAGGACUGGGUGUUCCUGACAAGAUUUUGUUUCCUCUCGGAUUACGGCCGACUGGACUUCCGUUUCCGCUACCCUGAAGCCAAGUGCUGUCAGAACAUCCUGCUCUAUUUCGAUGACCCCUCCCAGUGGCCAGCCGUGUACAAAGCAGGCGACAAGGACUGCUUGGCCAAGGAGUCAGUGAUCAGGCCGGAGAACAACCAGGUCAUCAACCUCACCACCCAGUACGCCUGGUCAGGCUGUCAGGUAGUGUCAGAGGCCGGGACCCGUUACCUGAGCUGCUCUAGCGGCCGCAGCUUCCGCUCGGUGCGCGAAAGGUGGUGGUACAUCGCUCUCAGCAAGUGCGGGGGAGAUGGGCUGCAGCUGGAGUAUGAGAUGGUCCUCACCAAUGGCAAGUCGUUUUGGACCCGGCACUUCUCGGCCGAUGAGUUUGGGAUCCUGGAGACAGAUGUGACCUUCCUCCUCAUCUUCAUCCUCAUCUUCUUCCUCUCCUGUUAUUUUGGAUACCUGCUGAAGGGCCGUCAGUUACUCCAUACCACUUACAAAAUGUUCAUGGCUGCCGCAGGAGUGGAGGUCCUGAGCCUCCUGUUUUUCUGCAUCUACUGGGGCCAGUAUGCCACCGACGGCAUUGGCAACGAGAGUGUGAAGAUCUUGGCCAAGGUGCUCUUCUCCUCCAGCUUCCUCAUCUUCCUGCUGAUGCUCAUCCUCCUGGGAAAGGGAUUCACGGUGACACGGGGCCGCAUCAGCCACUCAGGCUCCGUGAAGUUGUCAAUCUACAUGACCCUGUACACCCUCACCCACGUGGUGCUGCUCAUCUACGAGGCGGAAUUCUUCGACCCAGGUCAGGUACUGUACACAUACGAGUCUCCAGCCGGCUACGGGCUCAUCGGGCUGCAGGUGGCUGCCUACGUGUGGUUCUGCUAUGCUGUGCUCGUCUCCCUGCGCCACUUCCCUGAGAAGCAGCCCUUUUACGUGCCUUUCUUUGCUGCCUAUACCCUCUGGUUCUUUGCAGUUCCGGUCAUGGCCCUCAUUGCCAAUUUCGGGAUCCCCAAGUGGGCCCGGGAGAAGAUCGUCAAUGGCAUCCAGCUGGGGAUCCACUUGUACGCCCACGGCGUGUUUCUGAUCAUGACUCGCCCGUCGGCGGCCAACAAGAACUUCCCAUACCACGUGCGCACGUCGCAGAUCGCCUCUGCCGGGACCCCGGGCCCAGCAGGCAGCCAGUCGGCGGACAAGGCCUUCCCGCAGCACGUCUAUGGGAACGUGACGUUCAUCAGCGACUCGGUGCCCAACUUCACGGAGCUCUUCUCCAUCCCCCCGCCCACCUCCUCCGCCGGGAAGCAGGUGGAGGAGACAGCGGUAGCGGCAGCGGUGGCCCCGAGGGGCCGCGUGGUGACCAUGGCCGAGCCGGGCGCAGCCUCCCCGCCCCCUCCCGCUCGGUUCCCCAAGGCGGCCGACCCGGGCUGGGAUGGCCCGACGCCAUCCUACCAGCCGCUCGUGCCCCAGACGGCGGCGCCGCACACCGGCUUCACCGAAUACUUCAGCAUGCACACGGCCGGGGGCACCGCACCCCCGGUCUGAGCACCCCCGUCCCAUGGGCCGCGCACCGGGCCCCAGCUGGGCUCCGGACCCCUCCCCCGCCCCCAACUCCUCCCCUGAGUCCAGGGCUCGGGCCAUCCCAGGCCUUCCCGACCCCCUCCAACCCAGCCCACGCUCCCAGGUGGGGAGCAACGCGCCCUGUCCCCCCUCCCCUCUUGUGCCAAACGGUCCCGCGGGAGCCGCUCUCCCCGUCCCCUCCCUCAGCCCCUGCCCCGAACGGCGCCGGAUUCUGGGCUCCCGCUGUUCCGAGAUCUCCGGCCCCCUGGCCCCCUCCGAGACCUUUGACCCCGCCGGACUCCGGGAUACCCGUGACGGCCGCCGGGACCCUGCUCGUGACCCUGCGGGACUCCGCGACCCCGAGCCACUGCUCCAGGGACGGACACUGUGCAGCUGGCCUCGACUCGGAAGCGCUCCCUCGGACGGACCCGUGGUCUGUCUGCCCCCAUCUCCACUCCGGGGGCCUUCCUGAGGUCCCUGGCAGAAAGACUCCCCCCCCUACCCCCAUUCUUGCCAAAAUAAAGAGGAUUCAUUGA